AAAGAAGAAACAACAAGUUCAUCAAUUUAUUAAUAACAUUUUAUUUAGACCUUCAUUUCAGUAAAUACACUUAAAAAAUCAUAAGUUGACAGCAUAAGAACAAAAACUCUCUUUAAAAAAAGUUAUAGAAAGUUCAAUAUAGGUAAGGGAGAUAAAUAUGCUUAACAAACAACAUGGUGGUCGGCAAAGGUAUCUGCGUAUCUGAACUAUUACCCCAAUGACGAUUAUUUAGAGACAGUAGAUCGCAUUGUAGUUGUACAAAAGUAGAAUAUAGUCUAAUUUACCAAAUACAUUUUGUUCUAUUAAUAUUAAAGCCUUUUUUUCCGCCAUAUGUGGAUGGUUAUCAGAUGCAACCCUCAACACAGUCACAGGGUUUCCACUCUACAGCUGAUCCAAAUCUAAAGUCAGUCUCUAGCAAAGCAUCAAAUAACCUUGACCAAUACUACCUAGCCUCUAAAGAAACUGCCCCGACAUUAACUUCAAGGGGGCAUUACCAGCUCUACCAUCACGGCACCAUGGACCUAGAUGUUGGUGGUGAUAGGGGUGACACUCUAACCACUAAGUAUAUUGGCUACCCAGCCACCAAACCUUUCAUCAACACAGACUUUGAGAGAGAAGACCGCCCUGUGAACUCAUAUCCAACAACAAACAGAGAUGACGUCAUCUCUGCAUUGAAAAGCUUGCAAAGCAAGAUGCAUAAACUAGAAAUAGACAGAAGAAUAUCAGAGCAAGCCUUGUUGACUUUAACCUCAGAUACCGAGAAGUUUAAAGAGCAUUUGAACAUUGGUGGACAGACUUCAGGAGGAGGAGUAGGCAGAAGCUACAGACUUCCUGCUGAUCCUCAAACUGAAGAUGAGAUUGCUGACAAACAUGCUCAAGAACUGAGAGACCAGCUGCUAGACACAGAAAACAGAUGUCAGAUGUUGGGCAAGCAGUUAGAAAAUAUGAAAAGCAUGACAUUGACCUCUCAGAGAAAUGGAUGGGAUUUUAAAGAGAAGACAUAUAGAAGUGGACCAGAUGGUGAGCUCAAGUACCAUAUUGACCGGUUGAAUGAACUGGAAAGGGAUCAGGCUAGAUUGACCACAACCCAGUCUUUAGCAGAGCGGUAUUCAGGGAACAGAACUGAUCAUUCAGAGAGAAAAAUUCAAGAGCUAGAAACAAAAUUAAAAGAAGAGAAGAGGCACAGAAAAGUUUUACAAGAGAAAACAACGCAGCUUGAAACUGCAACAGUUAGCAAUGUCAAGGUUACCAGAGACUCCACUCAGCCACUGCCAAGGCCACAUUCUAGUCCAGCACAGUUGCCAAAAACAAAAAAGGUUAUCAAGAAAAAAAAGAAAAAGCCUCUUUCUAGCCGAUCAGCACCAGUGAAACUUGAACCCACACGCCACUUUAGGCUUAAUUUAGCAGAAGUUCCUUUUGUAGCUGGCAAGUCUACAGGACCAAGCCAUUCCCUUGUUGCUAAUGUACAGAAAGUGUUAUCUAUGAUGAAGACACACAAUCCUGCCCUGUGUUCCAUGUAUGCUAAUGUGGACAACCAGCUCACUGACAGUUCCCCUUCUAGUGGGUCAAGCUCAGCUAGUAUAGACCAGGACUUGAAUGAUUUAAUUAAGCAACUCCAGGAUGAAUAUGGACAACUGGCCAGUGAGAGCCAUCGCCUGUUGGAUGAGAUCCACACUAUGAGAGAUUUGCAUGCCAGAGAAGAACUUGAGAAGGAAUAUGAGGCUGUGGUAGCCAAAAUGAAGUCAAAGAGAGAUCAGAUUUCUAAAAUCAUGAAGCACCAGCAAAAGCUUUCUAAAGUUACCAAAGAACAUUCAACUGGUGUCAAGCAGACAGAGAGACUAAAGCGACCUCAUUCCCACCCUUGUCGACCAAUCAGCUCAUUAACUAAACACUUCCAGAAGAAUGGCUCUGUCAGCUCUCACCCACCAGCAGCUUGCAGCAAAACAAAGGCCAGCAACUCUGCACCAGUGAAUCCAGCACUGUACAUGUUGAGAGACAUGAAAAAGUUACAAACCACAUUGAGAAGAGAUGACUUGAGUUGGGACUAAAACAUUGGCAGUGUUGCACUGCACUGAACUUUGUGAUCACUUUGUAUCUACUCCUAUGGUGCUCCCUAGUACUACUCACUUGACAAUUAUUCCUGCACUAUAUCUAUGUUGUACAAAUAAAUAUAUAUAUAUAUAUGAGUAGACAUUCUAUAUUUGUCCGUACUCAAUGAAUAUGUAGGUGAACAAUUGAGUCAAUACAUUAGAACCAUCUAUAAUUUUUGCAAAAUUCUACAUUUAUUCCAGAAGAUUACAGAAACUGAUAUUUAAAUAAAGAUUGGUUUCUAUACUGUGAACUGUUACUUAGAGAAUUUUUUUUCUCCAUAGUUACUAAAUGGCAUUAGAAACAUUCAGUGCACUAAGUUAUUGCCUCAAGAGUAAUUAAUCUAGCUAUUGAGAGUAAUUAAUCUACCUAUUGAAGCUCAAUAAUCAGCCAAAAUAGCUGCUCACUGUAUUAUCACAUUAUUGACUAAAGCAGAAACCUGCAUCAGUUUGAUGUGUGAAAUGAAGACUUUUGUUUUGUUCUCCGAGUAAUAGUUUCAUUUUCUUCAAUAGACAAACAUUCAAAUCUUUCCAUUUCUGUGAGCCACCAAGAAUAGAAAAACUAUCAACAGGAUCUAAGUUCUUUGAUUCAUAGCAUGUGACUUUUUGUACAAGUUCUGACAAAUAAUACCCUCCCCCUUCUUUCUUAUUGUCAUCUUCAAAUGUCUUAUAUUUGAUGUAUUCAAACAAAUGGAAACAAAAAAAAACAACAAAUAUCUGUAUUCAUUGUUCCUAUUUUAUUUACUGCAAGCUAUAUCUUUAAUUGAAGCCAAAACAACAAUAUAUUUUUUUUUAAAUCCUCAAAACCAUUGAUAUGAAAUGUACUAAGCUGUAAAUAACUGUAUAUUUGUUUAUUGUUCAAAAGUUCUUUCUCUAUGUAUUAAACAUUCCACUAUUUUAUUUUGGUUCAAACUUCAAGUCAUAACUCAUCCGUCCAAUAACUUUGUACUCAAGCACUAUUUACUCAAUAAAAGUUGUUCUAUUUAUUUUACAAUUUUUUUUUUGUCAAUUAGUAGUUCUGGAAUUAAUUUUUUAAAAAUGUUUUCCAAGCUACAAUUACCACAUUUUCUAUACCUGUCAUGUGACUUUCUCUUGAUAUACAGCUAUAUUAAAAAAAAAUCAUAUUGUACUUCCUGGCUCAGGAAACUGUAAAUGCUGUUGUUUUUAUCAGGCAAACCAUCAAUGUCUUUGUUACAUAAGGAAUGAUGUUUUGAUUUUUAAAAAAAAAUGAUUGUUUAGGAAUCUUUCUUGUACUAAAAAAAAUGGAAUAAAAUAAUGUCAGUACCUGAAAAAAAAAGGAACUUAACAGUUUUGAGCAUUUGUCUUUGAUUCGAAUCUUUUAUUUGAACUAUAUGUAUUGAUUUUCUGUUUUAUUUCUAGCAGUUUUGUUGUUGUCUUAAGAAUGACUUAUUCAGCUUGUGGCUGUAGCAUCACAAAUGUUAAAUUAGAAUUUUUACCUACAUAAAUUCAGAACAAGAAGAGGCUUACUUUAGAAAAAAUGUUUCUAGAUUUUGAAGUGAAAAUGUAUAAAUAAAUGCCAGUCAUUUUACUAGUGCUUAUACAUUAUACUCACAUUUUAUAAGUUUUAUUUGAUGUAUGACCACAUGUACCUCAUCUCUUAAGCUCCAUAUGCUAGUUUUGAUCUUAGACUCUAGCUAUGGGGUAAUAAAAGUGAUUAAAGUUUGUA